UUGUGUUGACAAAUCUUGUUUCGUUCGUGGAAAAGAGUUGAAAUAAAAAUCUAAUUUCUAACGUUUAAUUGCCCCAAAUAAUUUUCAUAUGUAUAAUCUUAUUCAUUAAUUGAAAAAUGCGAACCAACACAUAAACUUUAUAGGUUCCCGAAACUGUGGCAACCCUGCAACUACAAACAUAUCUUGGAUGUGUUAUGUGUUCGUCGUAAUUUCAUAAAAACAAGACAAAAUGAAUGCUAUUGUCGGCCUUUGCCAUUUUUGCGAAGCUCACGGUCCCCGACCCUUAUUUUGUACGUUCACAACAGAUGACGAGAAGCACACUACAGAAUCUUCUAAAUCAACAGUUGAAUGUACUGGAUGCACAUCACUAGGUCCUGAAACCGUGUAUGUGUCCAGGGAUGACAGUGGAACUAUAUACUGCAGCAGGGAAUCCGUACCUAAUGCAGAUGUGACUACGUUUAUGCGGCAGGCAGCGAUUAGGAGUAUUACUUGUGAGGUUAGCUGGAGUAAAGAUGGGGGUGUAGUAUACUUCAGUGAGACACAAGGCCAUGUGCUGAGCCUCAUGUUUCAGUUGCGAGACACCCGCGCCCGGGGUCUUAAGAGGUGGUUCUCCAUUGUGGUGCUGAUGAGGGAUAAAAUGCUGCUGUUGAAUAUCAUGCCAGUGCUAUCUAAACAUAUGCUGAAAAUUUCAAAAGAACUGCAAGGUUUAGCUGAUUCAGUAUUCAAUGAGGAGCAGAAAAUAUGCUCCCAGAGAGCUUUGAGACUCAAGACUGGAAGUUAUGAUUUUGGACAAUCAAGAUCAUUGAUUCAAUUAUCAGGUGACAGUGAAAUCUUCAAAAGGCUCCACUCCCACUUCACUUGGAUGCUAAAAGCCGGUGCUCUCACAUUCUCAGAAACCCUUCACACAAGCCAAGAAAUGCUGAAGAAAAUUAACCCAGAGUCUAUUAAACAUUCAAUCUUCGAAGAAAAUGCAUGCAAUGUCCCUAGUGAUGAGGAAUGCAUGCCGUUGAGGGAAUUAGAAAAGUUAUUGUCGAAAGAAAUAUUUAGAAUAUUGCUGUAUUGCACUCUGACGGGAAUUGAUAUUGUAAUUAAAGAUACAAUUCUUGAUGCAACAAAUAUAACCAAAGGUCUGACUCGACUAUAUCCUAUUAGCAAUAUAAGUACAACAAGAAUAAGAAUAAUUAAAGGCAAUAAGCAAGUAGCACCAACAGCCAACGCAUGCGUUUUGGAAUCAGAAAAUAAUAACUUUUGUUGUAGGUGGCCUGGAAAGCUGCCUCCAAAAUGUCCCACUAUUAUGAAUAGGAUAGAAGCAUCAAUUAAUAAUUCAAACAUAAAUGAUGCUGUUCUUCAUCAACAUCUGAAAUCGCUACAACUUGAAUGGCUUGGGAUAUCAAAAGCAGUGAAGGCUGCAGUGAACUCAUCAGGUGAAAAGUCACCAGCUGUAGCCAAUUUGAAAAAAGUAUUUGGUUUGUCACCUCAGGAUGAACUAUUGGUUAAUUAUUGGAUAAGUGAGUUCUGUUGUUAAAAAAAAACCUGGAAUUGUAAAAUAAAGCUGUGAUAUUAUGU